AUGUGCUCUGAAUAUUGCACAUGUGCCUGCCAUAUAUUUUUGAAUACCUUCAUCAGUAGUGUUUCGUCAACGGCGAUAGUAUCUUCUUCAUCUCUGUCAACCUUGACGUCGCCUGUGCCCGCGACUACAUCAUCUUCAAUUAUUGCUUUGACGGCUGCCCCUACCAAUGCCAAUAUCCUGGUAACAUCUGUUCCUUCUGAAACAACGGCGCUGUCUACGCCAGUUUCUACUAGCGCUUUGCCUCCAUCGACCACUCAAGACGAGGAAGUGGCCGCCACGACUGCAUCAUCCAAUACUCAGAGUCAGAGCUCUCCGACGGGAACAAGCUCUCAAAGUGACAUUGACGAGUAUCUCAGUGACCAGAAUACGGUCCGCGCACAGCAUGGCGCUACGCCGCUAACCUGGAAUUACACUCUCGCCGCCGCCGCUCAAGAAUGGGCCGAUGGUUGCGUGUUUGAUCACUCUGGUGGGACACUUGAGAAUCUGGCAGCUGGCACAGGCAGCAGCUAUGGUAUUUCAGCUGCAAUCUCUUCGUGGACAAAUGAAGUUUCGGAGUAUGAUCCAAAUGACCCUGUCGCUUCCCAUUUUACCCAAGUUGUCUGGAAGGCUACCACGGAGGUAGGUUGUGCUGUUCAAGAGUGCAAUGGGAUCUUUCCUGCCAGCUACGGGGAGGCACAGUACUAUCCCGUCUACCGCUUCAUCCAACAAGAGUAUACCCGUGCUUGUUUGAUCACAUACGAAUCUCAGCCGAAAGAUGGUGUUCAAGAGGGGUGGGGACGGCCAGAUACGAAGGACGCUAAGACACGCUACCGCACCGCGCUUGUAAGAACGAUACGGGAUAUCGAUGAGCUCGCCCAUCUUGUAAUUCCUCGCCACCCGGCGUUGCGGCCCCAUGCGCGGAUGCUCCAUCAUUUCCGAUUCAUCCUCCCUCUCCUCACGCGGGAUGAGAGCGGCCUCACCCCGCUGCACUAUUACGAUUCCGCAAUACAAUUAGCGCGUCAUGCAUCGAGGGAGCCGACGGAGGCAGAGUUUGCGGUUGGCAUGGACGCUGCUAAUGAGAUUAAGCGGAUCCUGGACGAAUGCAAGCAAGAGAUGCUUGAGGGUUCUGUCUCGGAUCUUCUGGGAUCGAUAUCCACAGAGAGCUUGUCAUGA